AGUUCUCAUCCCUCUUCAUCUUCUUCUUCUCUUUUUCCGUCUCUCUCUAAAAAGUUCGAUUGUGACUGCGGAUAGAAAAGUGGUGAAAAAAGGGCCCUGCAACUUCUCUCUAUUAACUCCAUAUUUAUACCUUGCAGUCGGCGGCAGGUCGGGAGAUAUGCCACGGCCAGGACCCAGACCUUACGAGUGCGUAAGAAGAGCUUGGCACAGUGAUACCCACCAACCAAUCAGAGGUUCAAUCAUCCAACAAGUUCUAAGGGUUGUUCAUGAGAGUCACAGUUCUUCCACAAAACAGAACAGAGAAUGGCAAGAGAAAUUACCUGUUGUUGUAUUGAAAGUUGAAGAGAUCAUUUAUUCCAAAGCCAAUUCUGAGACAGAGUAUAUAGAUGCUGAAACACUUUGGGAACGGGUUAAUGAUGCCAUUGAUACGAUCAUAAGAAGAGAUGAAACCACAGAGACUGGAGACCUACUGCCUCCAUGUGUGGAAGCUGCUCUUAAUUUGGGGUGUGUUCCAAUAAGAACAUCCAGAAGUGAACGGAAUGCCCAACAAAGAAAUUAUCUAUACACAGGAGGAGUUGUUCAUGAUGAAGCUGUUGAUAGAAUGAAUCAAUUUACCAUUAUAAGACCUGCAGUUGCGAACCAAACUCUCCCUAAUAGGUCCUCAUCUACUUCAUUCUAUUUGCCUACAAUACGCGAGGAAGAAGCUCCUUCUUCGAGCAAUAAUCAGUUUGCCAUAAACUCUCUGGGUUCAGUUUAUCCUCCUCAUUACUAUGGCCAAACAUUCUGUAGACAGACUCUUUUGUCAAAACCAGAGUGUGCUAAAAUGGGCUGCUUACAGAAUCUUUUCCCCCAUGAAGAAAUUGACGACAAAGGAGUAGUUCUGACAAACAAGAACAAACACAAUGAGACGCCUGAUGAAAUGACAUGCGAUUUAUCCUUGCGAUUGGGGUUCUUUUCCGGGAAAUGAAUCUGAUGGUGGUUAUUUUAAUAACCUUACACGAUUAAAUUUGGUGCUUAUCAGGACAAUGAUUUCACUCUAUUUGAUGAAAGACUGAGAAAACACACAAUGGUCAUAAUUCAGAUUCGAGCUUUAGGAAAGUGCUAAGAUUCUUCAUUGGACAUUGAUGAAGAAGAUGAUGAUGAUCUAUAGAUGAUAUGAUUUGUACAAAGAGUGAGUUAUUUAUUACAAUAACUCUCUCUAUUUGCUAGUUUUUGUUUCUUGUAAGUUAGUUUUUAUUUCAGUGAAUAUCGCGAACAAAACUAAUUGUUUGAACAAAUAGGUGUUUCUUGAUGCUUCUUAAUGGAAAAAAAAUAGUUUAAUUCUUUGUUUUGGUCUCAUUUGGAUUCGGUUUUAUGACUAUUUCAAGUUUAAUGCAAAGGAAGAGAGAUUGAACUGCUGAAAGA